CAAACUUGGUUGCUUUCCAAUAGCCCUUAACACGCUCUAUUCCCCCCCAGUUUCUAUAUAAACUAACAACUUGGCAGGUCUUCUUUUACUUUUCUCCUCUCAAUUGCCACUUUAUCAAUCUCGGUUUGAACCCUUCCCACAGGCCUUAAACCCCAAACCAAUCUUCUUAGUGCAUCUCGAUGCUUUCUGACCGUAACGAGCUUACCUUUAGAGUGAAUAUGCUCUUUAGACCUAUGGGUGAAUCUGACAAGACUUUCAAACACAAUAAUGACUGGACUGAGCAUCAUCAGUCGGCUAUGCCUUCCACCAGUGGUACCUCAUUGCCGCAUGGCCAACAUUCAUGGCUAGCUCCUCCUAGUCAUUUUGCAUUCUCCAAUGGUCCUGUUACCACCUCCCUUCCACAGCAAGCUCCCGCCGCCUCUGCACCCAGGUUCACUCCUACCACCACUGCUUUACCAUCCUAUCAAGGCUGGUCUGGCUAUGACUUUCAUAACAACCAUCUGGAUCCUGUUCAGUCUCAUAUUAUGUCGGCACCUACUACACCCAUGACAGAAGAUGAACCUUCUGUGUCGUACAUUCAAGGUCAUCAACAUCCUUAUGCCGUUUCUCCUUCUUACGCAACGUUAACUGGCCGAAGGGAUCAACCACGCAAUGAUACACUUCAUCAUCAAUCACCUGAGCAUUAUGAUUAUGAUCGACAACAACAGCAUGCAUUCCAAACUUGGGAUUAUCAGCACCACGCACAUCAUUCUGGAGGCGAAUCUCCGUCGUCUGAACAUUUCUAUCCCCCUCAAGACGACUACCGAAAAUCAACUGUAGCAGCAUCUGGUAUGCCUAUGUUGACCAACACCACGACCAGUCCUCCUCCCGUGGCUGAUUAUCACUAUUCUGCUGGGGACGAAACACCUUCACCCAUUUCCAAUUCAUAUCCUACUUCUAGCGAUUAUCUCUCUUACCACGAGGAUGACUCUCCCAAGCAUUCAAGACGGUAUAGCAUUGGAGGUGGAAUGAUCACGGCUGCUCCUCACAAUACCAACAUGCCUUCUUACCCUCCUUAUAUGAAGGCUUACCACUACAAGGUUCCUUUGACCGAAAGACCUUACAAGUGCGAUAAAUGCCCACAAUCCUUCAAUCGAAAUCAUGACUUGAAACGACACAAGCGCAUUCAUCUUAGUGUCAAACCUUUCCCAUGCCAAACCUGUGACAAGCAAUUCAGUCGUAAGGACGCAUUAAAACGACAUAUCUUGGUCAAACGCUGCGGGCAACCUUUACCUCCCGACGGCCGCCGUUCCAGCAACCAUCAAAAUGUUUCACGAAGUACAAGCGGAGUCUCCAACACCAGCAGGAACAAGAGCGGAGCUCUUGAUCUCACUGACCAAUACGCAAAUGCUGCGAUGGCUCCGCCUUACUGAACAGCGAACGACAUUAAGGGAAAAGCCAAGUGAUGUUGCAACGAAAAAGCACCAAAAAAAAAAAAAAAAAACAAUAAUAAUACCAUCAUUUUUGAACGAAAAAAUAAGCACUGGCGCUACCCAUAAUGUCAACAGCAGGAGGAGGACAGAGUUGAUCUCGUUUUUUAUCCCUUGUAUUUUUUUUCUUUUUUUUUUUUUAAAAAAAAGGAACCCAACUUCUUUGAAU